CCGGGAGGGAUCAAUUAGGGUUUUCAAAUUCUGAUUGGACCUGGAUCCUAAACUAUAUCCGACAUGGGAGAAUAACUAAGCUGAAGAAAAGGAGAAAAUUAGAAGAGACGAGGGAAGGCGUGAAGUUUGGUAUAAUCGGCGAAGAUGGAAGUGGAAGUAGAUGAGAAAGGCCUGAAAUCGGCGGGAGCCGAGCUUUUGAAAGAUGGAAGACGUGGUUUACGUAUCCGUGGAUGGGAGAUCGAGUCUCGUAAACGCUCUAUUCUGAAUUCCUCGGCUCUCCAACAAUGGGAACAAACCCUACAUACGUCUCACUUUCCGGAAAUGAUUUUCGGUGAAAGUUGUUUGAUUCUUAAACACCUCGGCAGCGGCACCAAAAUACAUUUCAACGCUUUCGAUGCUUUGGCCGGUUGGAAGCAGGAAGGUUUGCCUCCUGUUGAGGUUCCUGCCGCUGCAAAAUGGAAAUUCAGAAGUAAACCCUUCCAGCAGGUGAUAUUGGACUACGACUAUACGUUUACAACUCCUUAUUGUGGAAGUGAAACGGUUGAGUUUGAUGCAGACAAGGAUGGAAGUGGGGAAAUUUCAGCGGGCGGCUCGGGCCUCCAUUGGGAAGAUUGUGAAGAGCAGCUUGAUGUUGCUGCACUCACAUUAAAAGAACCUAUUCUGUUCUAUGAUGAGGUAGUUUUAUACGAAGACGAAUUGGCUGAUAAUGGAGUCUCACUUCUAACUGUGAAAGUGAGAGUCAUGCCAGGUUCUUGGUAUCUACUCCUGCGAUUUUGGCUUCGUGUUGAUGGAGUGCUAAUGCGAUUAAGGGACACCCGCAUGCAUUGUGUUUUUGGUGAGAGCACUAAUCCUGUCAUUCUUAGGGAAAGAUGUUGGAGGGAAGGAACAUUUCAAGCCUUGUCUGCUAAAGGAUAUCCUACUGAUUCUGCUUCAUAUAGUGAUCCAAGCAUCAUCAGCAAAUGGCUUCCUGUUAUCAUGCAUCAGACCCAAAAGUUUAUAAUCCGCGGUAACUUGUAGACUGUAAAUUGCCUUGCGCAACAGUUAUUUGAAUGUGUAGUCAUUGCGAACUUGAUCCAUUUAGGUGGAUACAAUAUGCAAAAAAUCAUUGUUCAUGUCAUUAACAAGCAAAUUUUAUGAGGUGAUUUUGGGUGUCAACAAGAAUAAGAAUUCUCUCUGUUAUUUGA